GCAGGAGGAAGUGUAGCGAGUGGCGACCUUCGUCGACGGUGAUCUGGGAGUGUGACUGCAAUAUUCUGAUGGCUGCUGACCCAUGGCAAUGGCAGCGCAAAGCAGGUUGCUUGGUCCUAAAAGUCCGUUCGGUGACUGUUUCAUUGGACUUAGAGACAAUCGGCUUGCUGUUUACACGAGGUGUAUGCUUCAUGGGCGGCCAUGGGCAGCUUCCCAAGACAUCUCAGCAUCCGAGCGGGCCUUACUGGGAAAUUUCGUCCAAAGGUCAUUAAUGAUGGCUGGCUGCAUCCAAUACCUUUAAAAUCGACGGCACUAGUGCACUUCCAAGUGGACGUCAGCCAAUGCAAGAAGGGGUGGGAGAAACAAGAGCAGGUCCUCAAACUCCCAAUAAUAAGAGGUUGCCUAACCGUCCGAACUCUUCCUGUGGACACCGAGGAUAGCACUAUCUCCUUUCCAUCUGAGGGUCUGCCUUCGAUUUUCCAGAAUGUUUUGGAUGCAGAUGGAAAGCUCAUCACAGUUAGUGGUGAUGUGAUCUUGACAAACAAGAAGCGACAUGUGUCGUCUCUCUCUUCAGCAUCAGUCCUAUCCCCAACUCGAAAGGUUCCUCGGAUAGACGAAAACCCCCAUUUCUCUAGUUCAGAUCGAGAUCUUGUGACCGGCAAGUAUUGGGAUACCAACAGUGCAAAGUCUCCAGUCUCCUCUGACCUGAGCAAGUACCGUAGCUCUACCAGAUCUGCUUCAGCAGGCCAGCAUUGGGAUGUGCGUGUGCGAUCUUCUGCCCAUUCUCACCCCUCCAAGCACGCUGUCUCUCCUGGACCUCCUGUGGUGGGCGAGCAUCCAAAUGCUGCCAGGAACCUGACUGCUGAUGCCUCUCCUCCGGCAGGCGGCAAGUAUUCAGAUGUUGGCACCCGAUCUCCACUCUAUUCCGACCCAGGCAAACAUUCUAGAUCUACAAGAUAUUUUGCAGGCAAGUCUUGGGAUGAUGCCGGACGAUCACCAAUCUUUUCUGACCAUACAAAUUACCACCGCUCUGCACGGCAUCCUGUUUUAGGCAAGUAUUCACAUGCUGGUGUAAGAUCUCCAGACCGUUCAUACCCAAGGAAGAAUGUCAGCUCUGAUAGAUCUGUAGGGAACAAGAAUUGGGGCUCUCCUGGACGAUCACCUGUGUUCUCGCUGCCUAGCAAGUACAUAACCUCCGGUAGGUCUCGUGUUGCAGGCAACUAUUUUCAUGCUGGGUCACGGUCGCCAGUCUAUCAGAGCCCUACAAAGCACACUACCUCUCCUAGACGUCAAAUUGUCACCAGCCAUCCUGACCUGCAACAUCCAGUCCAUCCUGAACAUGGAAAGUACCCUGGCACAGUUGGAUAUCCUGUAGCAGGCAGGUAUCUUGAUGCUGCUGGGCGAUCACCAAUCAAUGCCACCAAUAAACCACCUGCAGCCACUGAGCACGGUGUAGAAGCUACAGUCUCCACCAACCAUGUCAGUGACCAUAGCUCCACUGGACAUCUUGAAACGUCUAGCACUCAUGUGCGAUCUCCAGUCUCUUCUGACGCUGGCAAGGACGUGAGCUCUACUGAAUCUCCUGAGGUCUUUGAUGACUUAGCUGCUAGUCUCUCCAAGCAAAAUCAUCUCGAGUCUAGGAAGCAAUUGGCCUCUGCUCCUCUCACAAGCAAGCAUUCUGGUGCUAGACCACAAGUCACUGUCGGUUCUGGCCCUGGUAAACGCUCUAAAACUGCUGGAACUCCAGUGGAAGGCAAGUUUUCAGAUCCUGCUGUGCCGUCUUCACUCAACCCUCACCCGGGUAAGCACUCUAAAUCUGCUGAAGCUUCCAAAGCAGGUAAGCAUGCCGAUCAAGGAGGUGUCUCUGUUGACCCAGACAGGUACAAUAGCUCUGAUCCAGUCUCUUCAGACCCUAACAAGGACGUGAACUCUGCUGAAUCUUCUGAGGUCUUUGACCACUUAGAUGCUAGUCUCUCCAAGCAAAAUUCUCUUGAGUCUAGGAAGCACUUGGCCUCUGCUCCUCUCACUAGCAAGCAUUCUGGUGCUAGACCACAAGUCACUGUCGGUUCUGGCCCUGGUAAACGCCCUAAAACUUCUGGAACUGCAGUGGAAGGCAAGUUUUCAGAUCCUGCUGUGCAGUCUUCACUCUAUCCUUACCCUGGUAAGCACUCUAAAUCUGCUGAAGCUUCUAAAGCAGGUAAGCAUGCCGAUCAAGGAGGCGUCUCUGUUGACCCAGACAGGUACAAUAGCUCUGAUCCAGUCUCUUCAGACCCUAACAAGGACGUGAACUCUGCUGAAUCUUCUGAGGUCUUUGACCACUUAGAUGCUAGUCUCUCCAAGCAAAAUCCUCUCGAGUCUAGAAAGCAUUUGGCCUCUGCCCCUCUUGCAAGCAAGCAUUCUGGAGCUAGAUCACAAGUUACUGUCGGUUCUGGCCCUGGUAAACGCCCUAAAACUGCUGAAAGUCCGGUGGCAGGCAAGUUUUCAGAUCCUGCUGUGCAGUCUUCACUCUAUCCUUACCCUGGUAAGCACUCUAAAUCCGCUGAAACUUCCAAAGCAGGUAAGCAUGCCCAUCAAGCAGGUGUCUCUGCUGACUCAGACAGGUACGAUAGCUCUGAUCCAGUCUCUUCCGACCCUAGCAAGGACGUGAACUCUGCUGAAUCUUCUGAGGUCUUUGACGACUUAGAUGCUAGUCUCUCCAAGAAAAAUCCUCUUAAGUCUAGGAAGCAUUUAGCCUCUGCUCCUCUCACAAGCAAGCAUUCUGGGGCUAGAUCACAAGUUACUGUCGGUUCUGGCCCUGGUAAACGCCCGAAAACUGCUGAAACUCCAGUGGAAGGCAAGCUGUCAGAUCCUGCAGUGCAGUCUCCACUCCAUCCUUACCCUGGUAAGCACUCGAAAUCUGCUGAAACUUCCAAAGCUGGUAAGCAUGCCGAUCAAGCAGGUGUCUCUGCUGACCCAGACAGGUACAAUAGCUCUGAUAAACCCGCUCCCACAGGCAAGCAUUCGGGCCCUGGUGUGCCAUCUGGAGUUUCUACCACUGUAGAAGGUGGUCCACCUCCUUUAGGCCAGCAUUCACAUCCUGGUCCACCUCCUUUAGGAGCUGGUGUAGGAUCUGUCGCCUCUUCUGACUCCAGAAAGAACAUAAGCUCUGCUUCAACUCAGGUGAAAGGCAAGGUUUCAAAUGCUGGGAAGCAGUCUGCUGUCUCUUCUGACUCUGGCACCCCCCAUAGCUCUGACAAACGUCCUCUUUCAGACAAGCAUGCGUAUCAUGGCGUGCAAUCCCGAGUGGAUGCCGAUAGGGCAGGCAAGGAUGCACAUGCUGGCCAGGGUUCCUCCGCACGUCCUGACCUGGAUGCUUCCCUAAGCUCUGAUAAACCGUCUCCUGUAGGCAAGCAUUUGGAUCUUGAUGCACAGUCCCAAGUUGAUGCUACACGUAGACCUCCCGUACGAGGUGUCUCUGCUGACCCAGCAAGGUACCAUCACUCUGAUAAACCAUCUAUCAAAGGCAAGCAUUUGGAUCCCGAUGUCUCAUCUGGAGUUGCUGCCAGGGUCAAAGGUAUUGCAGGUAUUGCACAUUCUGUAGGCAAGCAUUCACAUCCUGACUCACCUCCUGUAGAAGGUGGCCCACAAUCUUCAUUCUCACCUCACGCGGGAAGGAAUUUAAGCUCUGCUCCAGCUCGUGUGGAAGGCAAGGAUUCAAGUUCUGGCAAGGAAUCUUCUGCCCCUUCUGACCCUGGCUCCGUCCAUAGCUCUAAUAGACAUCCUCUUGCAGGCAAGCAUUCAGAUCCCGCAGUGCAAUCCCAAGUUGAUGCUGGUGAGACUGAAGGUACAGGAAAGGUUGCACAUGUUGGCCAGGGAUUGUCUUCUCAUCCUGAGCCGGACACCAAGAAGCCUUCUCCUGUAGGAAAGCAUUCGGAUCUUGACGUGCAAUCUCAAAUUGAUGCUUCAGGUAAACCUCCUGUAACAGGUGUCUCUUCCGGCACACAGAAGCAUUUAGGUCAACCUCUGUACCAUAGCUCUGAUAAACCUUCUCCCGAAGGCAAGCUUUAUGGUCCUGGCGUGCCAUCUGGAGCUCCUACCAGCGCAGAGGAAGGGUCGCCUCCUUUAGCAGGCAUCUCUGCCAGGCCGGACCGGUACCGUAGCCCUGAUAACCUUUCUCCCACAGGCACGCAUUCACACUCUGGUGUGCUAUCUCGAGUUGCUACCAGUGCAGAAGGUGGUCCACGUCCUGUAGGCAAGCAUUCAGAUCCUCGUCCAGAAGGUGGUGUUCGAUCUGCAGUCCCCUCUGACUCCAGAAAGAACAAAAGCUCUGCUGCACCUCGUCUGGAAGGCAAGGAUUUAAAUGCUGGCAAGCAAGCUGCUGUCUCUUCUGACUCUGACACCCUUCAGAUCUCUCCUCGUCCAGACAAGUGUUCAGAUCCUGUGGUGCAGCUUCAAGUCAAUGGUGGAGGGCCUUCAGUUGCAAAGAGGGACUCAAUUGUUGGCGAGGGAUCCUCUCUCGGGCCUGCCCCAGACUCUGCUAAAUCUUCUCCUGCAGUUAAGCAUUCAGAUCGUGAUGUGCGACCUCAAGUUGAUGCCACGGGUAAACCUCCUGUAGCAGGUGGCUCUACUGAUCCAGACAGGUACCAUAUCUCUGAUAAACCUUCUCCUGCAGGCAAGCAUUCAGAUCUUGGCGUGCCAUCUGAGGUUCCUUCCAGUGUAGAAGCUGGUCCGCUUCCUGUAGGCAAGCAUUUGGAUCUUGGUCGAUCUGCGGUACAAGGUGGAUCACAAUCUGUGGUAUCGUCUGACAGCAGCACCCUCCAUAGCUCUCAUACAUCUCCUCUUGGCAGCAAGCAUUCGUAUCCUGUUGUGCAAUCUCAAGUUGAUGCCACUGGGUCUCCAGUUGCAGGGAACGAAGCAGAGUUCGUCCAGGGAUCGUCAUUCUCUUCUGACCCGAGCACCCUCCAUAGCUCUCAUAAAUCUCCUCGUGACGGCAAGCGUUCGGAUCCUGUUGUGCAAUCUCGAGCUGAUACCACUGUGUCUCCAGUUGCAGGGAAGGUAUCAGAGUUUGGCCAGGGAUCGUCUGUCUGGCCUGACCCGGACACGCACCAUAGUUCUGAUAAACCAUCCACAGCCAAGCAUUCAAAUCCUGGUGUGCAAUCUCAUGUUGAUGCCACAGGUAAACCUCCUGUAGCAGGUGUCUCUGCCGACCCAAGACACCGUAGCUCUGGUAAGUCUGCCCCUGCAGGCAAGCGGUCUGAUCCUGGUCUGCGAUCUGGAGUUCAUUUGGGAAAGCAUUUGGAUGCUCGUCCAGCUACUGCAGCAGGUGGUGGACAACCUGCAGUCCUUUCUGGCAAGAACAUAAGCACUGCUGCCACUCAUCAGAAAGGGAAACAUUCAAAGGCUGGCAAGCGGUCUGCUGUCUCAUCUGACCCUGCAACCUCCCUUAGCUCUGAUAAACCUCGACUUCCCGGCAAGCAUUUGGGUCCUGCUUCGCAAUCUCCAGUAGAUGCCAGCGGGCCUCCGUAUUCACACUCUGGCCAGGGAUCCUCUGAUCCAGCUAAAGACCUAAACUCUGCUGAACCACCUGUGCUCAGGAAAGAUUCAGAAGCAGGGCAGCAAUCCCCUUUGCAUGCUGAGCCUGCCACGUACGCUACAUCCAAUGAAAUUCGUGUGGCGGAUAGAAGUUCAGACGUUGCUCUGCAAUCUCCAGUCCAUGACCGUUCUAGAUCUCCUGUGACAGACAAGUUUUCAAGUACUGGUUCACAAUCUCAAGUGUAUGGUGACCAGUACAAGGACGUAAGCUCUGCUGGUGCUGGACCUUUUGUGGCAGGCAACGAUUCAGAUGCCGCUUCGCAAUCUCUAGCCUUUGUGAAUACCAUACCUCCUGUGGUGGGUGAGCAUUCAAAUGCUGGCAUACAGUAUCACGUCUAUUCCACUGUGGGCAAGACUUUGAACUCUGCUUCACCAGCUGUUGAGGGCAGGAAUUUGGAUGCCAGUGGCCGCCCUCCAGUCGAUUCUGCUGGAGCUCGCGGAGCAGGCAAGCAUUCAGAUCCUGGCAAGGGAUCUUCAGUUGAUUUGAAGCAUGGCAGGUACCCUAGCUCCCUAGCACCUCCCACAGGUGGUGGUGAACAUCCACAUGCAGAAGUAGAAACCAACCAUAGACCUUCAGUAACAGGUGAGGGUUCAGAUUCUGGAUCACGAUCUCCAGUCUACUCCAACUCAAGCAAGGACCUGAGUUCUGCAGCAGCCCCUGGUGCCGGCAAGAACUCGGGUACUGGCGUGCAGUUACCAGUCCAUCCACCCACCCCUGGGGAGUAUUUUAGUUCUUCUACCCCUCCUGUCACAGACAAGCACUCAAACACCGGCCUGCAAUUUGCACCUCACACCCUAUCUCAGGUCUCCUCUGACCCAAACAAGGAGUGGAGAUCACCCACACCUUCUGUGGUAGGUCACUACAGUCCCUCUCUAGAAUCCCCUGCGUCAGGCCGAUAUUUAGAGGCUGGCUUGUCAUCUCCAGUUCACUUAUCUGAUCUGAGUGACUCUCCGAGCUCUGCCAGGCCUCUUGUUGCUGGCGAGUACCUGACUCCCGACUCGCAAUCCCAAGUCGAUUCCAACCCAACAUCGCCAAAUUCUUCAGGACCUCUUGUGGUGAGAAACUAUUUGGAAAAUGGCGCUCAACAUCCAGUUCAUCCCAUCCCUGUAGCACAGGUGAAUCCGGUGAUAAGUGUGCAUUUGGAUGCCGGUUUGCCAUCCCUAGUUUAUUCUGAUCCUAGUAAGUACUUCAGUUUUGUUGGACCUCCGAGAGCAGACAAGUAUUGGGACUCCAGCUUGCCUCGUGCAGUCCAGUCCAAUCCUGAUCUAACGAAUAAAGGUUUUCCAUUUCAGAGGCGCCACUCAUAUCCUCAAACGCGCCAUUCCUACCCUUCGAAGAACCCCUUGUAUCUUUACCUGGGCCGGCACUCAUACCCCACCCUUCUAGCACAAUAUACCGUGCGUGGGCGGUCAUCACUUCACGACAUUCAUCCUUAUCAUCAGUCCCAAACCCAGGUGGCAGGAGCAACGCCACCAAACAAGGGGCAGAAGAAGUGGAAGCUUGAACCAACAGUCAUGAGCAACAAAGCAGGGCAAGGAAAGCUUAAGGGAAUGAAGCGCAUGCCUUUGACUAUCGAUGUGGGAAAUGCCAAUGAUGAUGGAGGCAACUCUGCAUCAUCUCCGCUACCGUACAAAACCAGUGUCCGUUCAACUGGCCCAAAGAAAAGAGCCGCUCAAGGUGGUGGAAUGGGGUCACCUGAGUCUGGAGGUGGUCCUGGUCCUCCUUCAGGGACUGGGAAGAAUAGCCAAUGGGGAAUGACAGCAUCAGGGUACCCACGGCACCAUUUGAAGCCUUUGCGAUCUCCUGAAUUGAACCAAGAUGGCAUGCAGAAAGGCCAAGAAGAUCGCUUGCGUAUUCGUCGGGCCAUACGAGAAGCUAUUUGGCUGGGUGAUACCAAGGACAGGACGGAGAUGAUGCAGAAACUCCUACAGGACAAGAAAACGGGGUCUGCUGAAAUUGAGGAGUGGCUUGAAGAGAUGGAAGCAUACGCUUGGUCCCCAGGCAAAGGUAAAGAUGACACUAGCAAGGGUUUUAAAGGGGUACAGGGAGGAGGAGGAGGGAAGGAAUAUGCCAAGCUUGGAGAAGAGCUCCUUGAGCAAGCUCGAACUUUCUUGCGGUAUGGUUUCUUCUUUGUCGCCGUGCGGUCACUUGCAUCUAGGAUGGAUCUCAUGGAUGAGGUGCUGAUCACUCUGAAGAACAUUGUUCUGUCAGCCAAGGAUGCAACAAUGGCUGCGUCUGAAGGUAAGAAAGGAGAGAACUCGGCGGCAAACCAAGCCACAUCUGACAAAGGUAACAUUCAGGCAGGGACCAAUGAACUGUUGUGGAAGUGGAACAGUAUCGAUCGUCUAAUAUUUGUCAACCACUUUUCCGACCUGGAUAUCAUCAAACAGUUUGUCACGAUGAGGGAAAGGCUAAAAGAGCGAGGGUUGGUAACCCCCGCAGACCAGGCCAGGGUGGAGAAGCAAAUGAUGCUUAAAAUGGUUGAUGAUUUUCGGGAGCAGAUCAUCAACGCAGAUGAUUCCGCUGCCAGUAAGAGUCUUCAGGAUGCUCAGCAGCAGGGAGGGAAUGCCAUGACUAAUUUGCCUACUUUGCAGGGGAAUGUGAUCCCUGGAGGGGAUGUAGAAUAUUACCAGGAUAUUGAUGGACGCAUAGUGUGCUAUCAUCACUUUGGAUCCCGACCUGGACCCCCCGCGUUUGAACUUCCUGCCAAGAAAACCGGCGCUGGAAGCAAGAAGAAGAGAAAGGAAGGAGCUGGAAAAAUCCAGGCACAAUCCAGCCAGGAGGCAUUAAAUGAUGAGCAGCCAAAAGGGAAAAAAGGCCGCGGGAGAGGGAGAUCAAAGGGACGUGGGAGAUCGAAAGGGCGUGGGAGAUCAAAGGGACGAGGCAGAUCGAAGGGGCGAGGGAAGAAGGGUGCAAAAGAGAACCAGUCUCCCGAGGGAGAUUUAGUGGAGGCAAUGGCAGUCCCCACGAAGAUUGCUGUUUGGUCAGAAGUUGGGGGAGGUGUCAGUCCAAUGAGCAGCCCAGAGGGAGGUAAGUCGAAAAGGAAGUCGAAAGGGAGGAAGAAGAAGCAGCGGGGCCGUACCCCCAAGGGUGGACAGUCUCCAUCUUCGGCCGAAGAGGCUGGAGGGUACAGUAGUGAGGUAGGUAGUGAAGGUGAAGAACUCAAGGGAAGAUCGCGGUCAAAGACAAAGAAGCGUGGGGAAAAAAAAGGAGGAAAGACACCAAGAGGUGGGAAGCUUCCUGAGAUAGGCAGAGGAAGGAGCAAGGGAAGAUCCACAUCUCUUGCCUCGCCCAGUGCCAAGGAGGGGGGCAAAGCACGCAAGUCGAGGAGUGCAAGCAGGAAAUCACGCAAAGGUAAGGGUGACAAAGGAGGGAAGGAUGCCCCGGACUCUGCAAGUUCACCCAAGAAGAAGAAGAAGAAGAAGAAGCAGAGGGGAUUGGGAAGUGAUGGGGCCGAGUCUGCUGUCGAGAGUGCAGGAACAAAAACACCACGGAAGAAAAAGAAAAAGAAGGGGCAAGGGACAAAAACACCAAGGACAUCAAAGAAGGUCGCUAUAGCAUCAGAAAGUUCAGGCGACUUGAAAAAACUGAAAAAGGGACAGAGAAGACGGAACACUCCUUGGUUAUCUGACUCUGAAAGUGAAAAUGACGCUAUUCAAAAGGCAAAGGGCAAGAAGAAGAAGGGACUGAAAGCCAUUAAGGAGGACAAGGCGCAGCCUGCUAUUGAUCUGUUGACAUACUUGAACAUGCAGUUCCCCCAGGGUUUUGCAGGCAAUACUCCUGCUGUCAUUGCCGCAUUCAAAAAUUACAUCCAGACUUAUGGUGCUCUUAAGGACAUUGCUGCCUCCAGACCAGGAACAGCCACACCGCGACUUACUGCACGGUACCUUGCUAGCAUUGACCUCAACACUGCUAUUGGCUGGAGUUCUUUGCUGAACGCGCUGCAGACAAUUGACCAGCGCAGGAAGGCCGCACAAGGGGAACACACACCAGGUGGGAGUGUCAUUCCUCCAGGCACACCUGAAGGGGCUAUCAGUCUCACGGCCCUAAUUGCACAACUGUCAGCAUGGAAGGCCCAUAUCAUGCGCAGUCAGUCGUCGUCACCUGUGCCAGGUGCUCAGGGGUCAACAACCCCAAAGCCGGUAAGCAAUCAACCUUCAGCCAGGACACCUAGCAGACUUGCUGAAGGGAAGGUGGGAGGAGAUGAUGCACCAACUGAUGAGGAGAUUAGAGACUACGCCAAGUACUUGGGCAUGGAACUACCUGUAGAUGAGGAUCUCCUCUACAUCGCAGAGUGGGCGCUGUCAGCCGAAAUCCCAGACCUACGACAGACCUACCUACCACUGGCGGUUCUACAGGUCGCAGGKUCAACUCUUCGAGUUGAUGCAGGUAUUGUACACAGGGGAUUCCUUCUCAUCGUGCACAAUGGCAGGUUGCUCAGUUGAUGCACAAAUGAAACUGUUGAAUUGCAGACGUGAGUUUGAAUCCAGUGGCGACCACAAUAAAAUAGUUCUAAUUUA